AUGAAGAAUUUGGUUGUUCCUUUAUAUCGGAUGUCAGCAGUAACUCCUAAGAGAUAUUUCAUUCUCUAAAUUAAUCAACCUACCAAUUUAUAGACUUAAAGUCUCUUUGAUUAAGGGCAUUUAAUAUUUGCAGCAAAAAAAGAUCAGGGAAUGAUGUACAUAUUUAACACAAAGGAUGAAGUCAUCCCUUAUGAUUUUGUCACUCAAGACAACUCAAUUAAAGAUUUCAAAAUAGAGGAAAUCGAAUUGAGAACACAAGGAGAAUCGAAAUAAUUAUCCCAUUUGUAUAAAUUUAGGUGA